AACAAGGGAAAACACACUCACACUUUCUCUUCCCCUGAACGGGGCGUCCUACUGAAAACGGCGUUUAUCAUAAUUCCGUUAACUGACGUGGGUGGGUUUGUUCAAAAAGUAGUAUGAAGCUUGAGCGAUUGACCCUAAUUCCGUCUACCGACUCCGACGGCCGUCUCAACGGCGCCGAUGAUUCCAACAAAGUUCCCAGGCUUCCUCGUUGGACUAGACAAGAAAUUCUAGUACUGAUACAGGGGAAAAAAGUUGCUGAAAAUCGGAUCCGUCGAGGACGAACUGGAGUUGUCGAAUUCGGUUCACCACAGGUUGAACCCAAGUGGGCUUCUGUUUCUUCUUACUGUAAAAGACAUGGGGUUAACCGUGGACCAGUUCAAUGCCGGAAGAGAUGGAGUAAUUUGGCUGGCGAUUUUAAGAAGAUUAAAGAGUGGGAGUCUCAGAUAAAAGAAGAAACUGACUCCUUUUGGGUCAUGAGGAAUGAUUUGAGAAGAGACAAAAAAUUACCUGGAUUUUUCGAUAGGGAAGUCUAUGAUAUUCUUGAUCGUGGAAGUGGCGAUGGCGAUGGCAAUGGCGAUGAAGAAGGAGGCUUGGUUUUGGCUCUGGGGUCACAAGUUUUGUUUGAUAGUGGGAAAAGUGCUGCUGUAUCAGGGGAUGAUGCCUUGUUUUCUGAUUUUGAGCCUGAUGAAACUCCUCAUAAACCAAUCAAUGACCCUCCUAUUCCUACUCCAAUUUCAGAGCAACAACAUCAACCACUCUCUCAAAUUUCUCCUACACAAGCAGGUACAAGCCAACCUACCACCCGAGAACCUGAUAUAGGAAGUGGUCAGGAAGGAAGGAAAAGAAAGAAAAGUGAGUCAGAUGCAGAUGAUGAAGAAGCAAGGAGUGUGCAACAUCAUUUAGUGAGAGCAUUGGAGAGGAAUGGGAAACUGGUGAGCUCCCAACUUGAAGCUCAGAAUAUGCAGUUUGAACAGGAUAGGGAGCAAAGGAAGGACCAUGUUGACAACUUAGUAGCAGUACUUACGAAGCUUGCAGAUGCUUUGGGAAGAAUUGCAGAUAAGUUAUAGUGGCCUGUUGAGUUAAUUACAAUGCCAUAACAUGUUGUCUUCAUACACAAGGCUGAAGUUCAGUUUUGGUUUGUUAAUUAGUAGUUGGAGAUAACAUGCUCUUCUCAGGUUUUGAAGGGUUAGUGUUGGCACAAGAGGUGUACAGAAGAAAUAGUAAUAAAUACAGAAUUUGGAGAGGCUGGUGUCUUU